AUGAAGACCCAGCUGGCUUGUUCAAAGAAGGCGGUUGGCCCGCGAAAGAAGCCCGCCCAGUUGGAACGAAGAAGCCGGCUGCCUUGCGAUAGAAGCCGGGCUGUGGAGAACGAAGCCGGUUGUCCCGCAACAGAAGCCGGCCUGGGGAGAACGAAGGAGCCGGCCGGCCCCACGGAACGGCCACCUAAGUCAGGCAACGCACAACCCGAAUUCAUCACAACGAAGAAGAGGCCAAGCCGGCUGGCUAGCUGGCCCGAUGAAAAGAACCCGGCUGGCCCAAUGAAAAGAAGCCAGCUGGCGUUUCGAAAAAAAAAGCGGGCCGUCCCCCAAAUGAAAAGUAGGAGAUAG